CUGCCAUAAUAACCAUAAAAACGAAGGUUUCUCUUUCUUUAUACGCACUAGAGGCAACAGGUUAGAGACUAACAAAUGGAUGAAGACAGAGAGGUGUUCCAGGACUUUAGCUCUGACGACUCGGAUUUUGACGACGAUGUCGACUGGAGCUUUACUGACAGGGAGAGCGCGAGUGUCUUGCAACUCAUGGGUGGGGCUGAUUCAACCAAGAAACCACAACGUGCAGGAACGGCUGCCAUUUCGCCAUCAACUGUUAUAAAAAACACUUCAGCAACUUCUAGUGUGCCCACAGGAGGUGAUUGUAUCACCUCAGGAGCGGUUAAAGGACCUUCCUCUGAUCAAAAGCUACUGGACGAAUUAUUUCCCAAGACAAAAACACAAUUGAUGUCAACAGCCGAAAUACCAAUUGGAGAAGAACAAGUCCGCAACAAGGAAUGCGAGUUCGAGUGGGCUUUAAUGGCACUGGAGGAGCACGAAUCGCGCUCAGUUAGUCCUGUAAAGGGUGCUGCGGAUUUUGCCAGUCUUUUUGAGGAAAUGUACGGCGGUGAUACUGCUAUUGAACUGUCGACACCUUCAAAGCUUGAAGAUGAUCCACUAGAAAAAGCCGAUUCAAAGCAGCCAGUGAAUGACGGUAUUCCCUCUUCGCCGAAGGCUGCCGAGAGUGACGAGGACACGCUCCCUGCUGAGGUUUUCAACAUGUUACAGCUAGUCUAUACGAAAGCUACGAGUGAGGUAAGUUAUCUGCACACUUACCAUUGCUUGCGAAUGCUAACGUGCCUGAUAACCGUUAGCAUCGCUUUGAAUCGGUUCUGAAAUAUACCUGCUCAAGGCUUAACCUGCCCGACCUUGCUUGUGGAAUUGACGUUUCGUCGUUGGAAUCUUGUGUGCCAGUCAUUUGCUCUCUUGAACAGCACUUGAUUAGCCAGGAGCUUGUCACUUCAUUCGCUUCGUCUCGUGAGGAACGGUGGGCUUGUUGUUAUAGCUCGAUGCAAACGAGUCUUGCAUUGCUAAUUUGCUGUUGCAACGUACAGGCUAGAAUUCAUUCUCUCAGUUCUCGAUAACAAGAUCGGUUCACUACCACAAACCUUUAAAAUCAAGUGGGUAAAGACUAUUGAAAUGCUUCCCUUAUUGAUCAAGAUGCAGGAGCAAAGAAACUGCUCAGAGCCCGCUUCAAAACGCGUGGUUGAUCUAGUGAAUGAGCUUCAAAUUGAUGAGACAGCACCGAAGACCAAAAACAAGGGUUCGCCAUUGCAAGGGUGGGCCACGUUCCAUCCUGACAAAAUGCCAGCAAGGCUACACGAACCAACGAAACUAUCAAAAGCGACGUCUUUAUCAAAGCAGACUGCAACAACCAGCUCAAAGAAGCCCCGUGUACACCUUCGACAAUAUCUGCCUUCAAAGCUACGUGUGCGCUGCAAAGUGUACAAUCCUGAGGACAGUGAGCUCACUUUUCGGCCGAAAAUUAACAAGAAACAUCGCAAGAAAGACCAGGAGCAGGAAGAGAAGUUUGCUGACCGAAUGGAACGAGAUAUCUCACUUCGUCGAUCACAAAAACUGCAACUAGAACAGAAGCGGGAGCAGCACGAACGUGAAGAAGCGGGGAGUGUGGCGCCAGUUAAUUUCAUUGCCAAGGGCUCUCAGCGUAUUUUACUAAGGAACGGGAUGUGGACCGAGUCCCUAGAAGAAAGGCUCCACAGAUUAGCAAAGCAUCGAACUAAUACCGAGGCACAUGACCCCCGAUCAAAGAAGCGACGUCAACGCCAUGAUCAACGAAAGCGAGAAGCAUCUGCGGUUGCUUCGAGGGCCUGUGAGUCGCUUUAUCAGCGAGGACUUGAGCAAAGGAAAAGAGAGCAAGACCGACUGCUGGAAGAUAACUUUGACCUCGAAUUUCAACGGAAUCGCCCAAAGAUGAGCAGUCGAUCACUGCGAGUCAUGAAGGCGCGGAUUCGACAGGAGCUUGAGCAGCUAUGUCAGGAUUGUCAACGUGCAGAGUCAUCAGACGAUGACAAUUCAGCCUUCGUGACUUUUAUCCAAUUUUCAUGUGCUUUACUGUACUUUGGCUUCGUGACUGACUUGAACACGCCGUGGGAAGAAAAUACUAGCGAUAGUGAGAUCACUUUUCUGUGGCAUUCAUGGACAGUUUUGACACGAAAUGACAGCGAAACUCCAGACUCUAAACUGUCAAUGAAGGUGCUGGAGAGAGUGCUUUUUUCAGUCAUCCUGGGUGGAAGAGCGGGUGACCACUCUGUGCUUCAGGGAAGUGAUGUACAAGUGUUGCUGCGAUUGUAUCGAGCUAACUAUUACACACGAAAACAAACGCAACUCAAGGAGGAACCAAGUCAACCAAAUAUCACAAAGGUCAACACUAAAACCAGCAAGCAAGCCUCUUUUCAACGACAUCGUGUUCGCUACAAUUUGCAUGGGAAACCUAUCCGAAAUAACGAAACAGCAGAGUCAGAUUUGCUUAGCGAACGAGAGCAAUUACUGCAAGAGAAGAUUGAUCAACUGCGAGAAGCAAAGGCGCAGCAGGAGCUUGAAGGCUGCACCUUUCACCCGCAGAUUAAUCCUAGUCCUGUUCGCCAUGGCUCACCACUAAAAUCUACUACAUCGUCUGCUAUGGUGUCAACUUUUGAGCGGCUUUACAGUGAUGCAUUCCAGCGCCAAAGCAAUGUCCUAGAGAAAUAUUUGGAAGCUAAACUACACCGAGAAGAGAUGGAGAAAAGAGAGAGUAGUGUGCGACCGAGUUACGUGAACGGACUGACGAUUGAAGAACGGCUCGAAAAUCUCCACGUCGCACUCGCAGGGAAUGCACUGCCGGUAGAUUUUCACAAGAAAAUUGAAUCCAUGCGCACCGCCACCGAGAUGAAGGUGCUGGAUGAACAGAUCAAGGAGCAGCGACUACUACCAGCACGUUUCAAAAAGGCAAAAGACGGACGAACGAUCGUGUUGCCCUUCCAGUUCGCAACAGAAAUUCGAGCUGCAAAGAGCACCAAACUGAUGAAAAGGCGAACCAAAGCUGCUCAUCGGCCUCUGGAUAUGAUGAAAGGAUUGCGCCCACUGGAAGAUGGUGAUGAACGAGAAGUGCAGACACCAGUGCGGCCGUCACGGAUGAUUGAAGAUGAUAGUAACAAUGAGGCAGAUUUGUGCCUUGACGUCCACUUGUCGCCAUCCGAGACGCGCCAAUUGUAUUUGAACGUCCAUGAAGACCCUCACGAGGUGGUGGAACACUUUGCCCAGCGCUUCUCUCUUACCAACACACAACGACACUUCCUGGUUCAGCUGGUCGAAGCUAGACUUGAACAGCUUGCAACCUACUAGAUAGACAAACGCAAUCGACCGUAGAUACUCGCUUGAAUCACUAGAAUUUGACGCACUACUUGGCAGCCCAGAGCCUAAGCUAGCGGAAGAAGUACAGCAGCGGAUUGCCCUGUACGUCGCAACUAGAAUUGAAGCUUUGAGUUUCCAGUGCUGUCUGUACCUUUGAGCCAUCCUGUAUCUCCGGAUCCAGUAAAACAAGGUCGUCUUCUACUUUCCUUCUCCCAUUCCCUAGCGUUAUAACUGCAAUGACACGAAAUUAUGUGUGUCCAACGAUGAGAAUUCUGCUAGACUCUGCCGUUGCUUAGCAAGAUUCAUUUGGAGCUCGCACACCUGCCUGGGCACUGCAAAUCUAGACGCCGCGUUCAUCCAACGUUAGAAAAUUUAUUGAAUUCGCUGAGCUGUGGUCUGUAUGGCACCUUCGCAGCUGAGAGCAUCAAGCAAGUGGUGAACAUAUCAGCGGCGGCAACAAAGGAAUAGUCCCGAGAGAUUGCAGCGUGUGGGGCUUCGACUACAGCGAUGGAGGCGCAUUCGUCGCCAGCUCAUCGCCCUCCGCAUAGCCACGUGAUCCGCGCGCAUCGAAAUGCUGCAUGGAGACCCGCCAGCAACGCCUAGAAGAGCUCUCGGAGCUCCAGGUCGAACUUGGUGGGCGUCUUGUUGCAGUCAGGCGAGCGGAUCGUCAGCCGGCGAGAGGACUUGUCCGCUGUGAGGUCGAUGCGCUCCACUAUGAUGGCGUCCAUCGCCACGAGCGGCGUGUCAAGCUCCUGGCGGUCGCUGCGCAGCAGCCGCUCGAUGUCCUCGUUCGCGUAGAGCCCGAAGAGGUUGACGCACUUGAUGCGGCACUUGAAGCGGUGGUCUGCACAGCACAUGCACAUUCACGUCAGACUGGUCAUUGUGGUCACCCUCGCCCGUCUGCUUCUCGGCAUUGAAGUGCGCCAAAGCAGGUCCGAGCGCAAUGGCGUCGGCCAGGACGCCGGCAUCGCCGGGCCAGCGCUAGAGGUACCUUGGAAGUCUCGGCCAAGGGUGACAUCCAGCGGAACGGCAGCGUCGCCGCGGGGCUUGAUCUUGCGUUGCAAUUUGGGAGGUCCAGCCCAGAGAGCACGGAAAGCAAUGCACCCGUUCGGUCGUCCAACGUGUGCGCGGUAAACAGCAACAACGGAAGAGGUAAGCGACGCUGGUCGGACGAAUAAAGCCAUCACGCUUGACUCACCAGCACCUCGGGCGACGCGAACAGCUCGUGGGUGGCGAAGAAAGAGUCGGCGCCGCUGAGCGUCCGGCUGCAGCCCCUCAUGAUACGGUCCGCCACUAAUAGAGCACGGUCUGGGUGCUCGUCGCCGCCCACAUGUGCACCUACAAUGCGCUUAACGGCUGCUACGAAGGCCUCAAUGCGAUGGUCCCCCACGAAACGCACUCCGUUGAGCAUAAUUUCCUCGCGUGAGGCGUCGCGGAAGGCCUGCGCCGUAUCCACGUCGCACUGCACGGGCAACGGGAUGGCGGACAGCGGCUCAGCGAAUAGCUGCAGCGCCUCCACGUAGUCCGCAGGCCGCGGCGCUGGCCCCACGACGCGCCGCACUGCACGAACGAGCUCUACAUCGAGCAGCGACGGCGGCGGCUUGGGCUGCUUCAUCCGGUCGAUCUUUGUGAAAGGGCAGGACGGAUCUUAUUCAUCUCGAUGGUAGGACCGAGCACAGACACGAGGGCAGGAUCUCACUUGGUACCGGCUACUAAGCCAUUAAGGCAGAGAGGAUCAUCGUGAUUCUUCUCUUGUUCGAUCUCUAUGCUUUUCUCUACUGUAGCUCUACUUGGGUUGACUCCGCAACUGUUUACUGCCGGUAUCGGAGCCGACGCUGCACGACGUUGAGUGUUAGGCUCUUAGGCUUUACCGCGAACACGACAUCUAGUCUUGAC